GGGUGAGACAGAGAGAGAGAGAGAGCGAGAGAGAGAGACGAAGAGAAGUAAAAAUAGUAAAAUCCGAAGAGCAGAAAUGGCAAUGCAAGCUGAGAAAGUGUGCGGCGGUAAAAGAUGAAUGCUGGUGAGGUUGCAGACUGCAUGUUUGUAUCUGCUCAGGUGUGUCUGGGGGGUCAAGCAGGAUAUUGAACACACAGCAAAUACUUCUCCACAGCUGGGAGUGGAUCUUGUGAGCAGUUCAGGGUGAUUAUUUGGCUCCUAUGAUCCAUGUGGCCUUUAUAGGCUGGACAGACGUUCAUCUACUCUCCUGAUCCACCACACAGCCUGCAGCCAUGGAGAAGCAACUAGAGGAGCUGAAGCAGCAGCUAGAAAAACAAUGUAUGAUCAACCAGGAGCUGCAGAGGCAAAACAAAGACCUGGAACAACGACUGCAGGAGAAAGAAAAACUUUUGCAGGAGCUGGACGGUCAAUAUCAUGAUCUGGAGUUUCCCUCUCAGAGCGGUAAUGAGGUUAAACCGGAGGUCAGAAAGAGCCGUGCGGCUGUCAUUGCCUCCGAGCCGAUCCAGAACCUGGAUAUUACACGCAUGAGGGUCAAGAAAACGGACAGCGAGAAAAAUCUGAUCAUCAAAGCCAUCCAGAGGAAUGACUUCCUGAGCCGCCUCGACGAUGAGCAAACAGCCAUGAUGGUGGAUCUCCUGGCGGUAUCCAGCUUCAAACCGGAUGAGGAAGUCAUGAAAGAGGGCUCAGAAGGAGACAGCAUGUACAUAGUAGCAGCUGGUGAGCUCCUUGUCACUCAGGCAGGCCGAAACCUCCGCAGCCUGACCACUGGUGAUGUGUUCGGGGAACUGGCCAUCUUGUACAAUUGCAAACGGACAGCAACAGUCAAAGCAAAGACAGCAGUGCGUCUGUGGUGCAUCGAGCGACAGACAUACAGGACGAUUAUGACCAACAAGACCAAGAAGAAGCGAGAACAGCUCAUGGGCUUCCUGAAAACGUCUCGUACUCUGAAGGAUCUGAAUGAUGUCCAGCUUUCCAAAAUAAUUGACUCUAUGGAGGAGGUCAAGUACCAGGACAAAGAUGUUAUAGUUCGAGAAGGAGCAGAAGGAAAUACAUUCUACAUCAUUCUCAAAGGAGAGGUCCUGGUGACCAAGACCGUGAAUGGGCAUCAGAAGCAGAUUCGUAGGAUGGGAAAAGGGGAGCAUUUCGGGGAACAGGCCCUUAUACGGGAAAUCCUGAGAACUGCCACUUGCCGCGCUGACGGCCCUGUUACCUGCUUCUCCAUUGACAAGGAGGUGUUUGAAGAAACAAUUCCCAUAGAACACUUGGAGCUGUUUGACGACUCCAAAGUGCUGCAGGAGGCACAAGCUCCAGAAAAGCCCAGCCCCAGCUCCACUCUGAGGUUUAAGGACCUGGUCCCGGUUCUCUACCAGGAGGGUCGCUAUCAAGGAGAUCCUGUCACGCUUGGAGUCGGAGGGUUUGGCCGUGUUGAGCUGAUGACCACUGUGAAUCAAGGGAAAUAUUACGCUAUCAAGCGAGUCAGCAAGAAGCACAUUGUUGCCAAGAGACAGGAGGAGCACAUGUUGUUUGAGAAAAAGAUCCUUAAAUCCAUCCAGUGCGACUUCAUCGUCAGGCUUCAUGCUGCUUUUAAAGACACACGAUACAUCUACAUGGUCAUGGAGUUCUGUGUGGGAGGAGAGAUCUGGACCAAACUCAAAGAAGUAGGGCGUUUCGACGAGCCCAUCGCUAUGUUCUGCACGGCCUGUGUGGUGGAGGCAUACGCCUACCUCCACAAGAAGAACAUCAUGUACAGGGACCUAAAGCCUGAGAACCUGAUGCUGGACAUAAAGGGCUACGUCAAACUGGUGGACUUUGGGUUCUCCAAGGAGUUGGUGCGUGGGGAGAAAACCUACUCAUUUGUGGGUACUCCUGAGUACAUGGCCCCAGAGAUCAUCAAGAACCAGGGACAUGACUUUGCAGUGGACUUUUGGUCCCUUGGCGUCCUGAUCUAUGAGCUAUUGGUGGGAAGCCCUCCCUUUUCAAGUUCAGAGCCUCAGAAGAUUUAUUCCAAAAUUUUGGACGGGGUGCUCAAGUACCCACCUUACAUGAGUGAGGCAGCCAGGUCCAUUAUCAGCAAAAUGUGCAGACCUCGGCCCGGUCAGAGGUUAGGAAACACCAAGAAUGGAAUCAAAGAUGUCCGGCAUCACAGGUGGUUCAGCAGUAUGAACUGGCACAAGCUGCGUGUGGGUCAGCUCGACGCCCCCACAGUCCGCCUCAUACGCAAGGGCCCCUGCUACAUCAACUUUGAUCGUUUCCCUCUUGAUCAGACUAAGGUGGAGGAGGAGUUCUCCGGCUGGGACCGUGAAUUUUGAUGUUAAAGGAUCAAAGGCCACCAGAGUUUCACCUAAAUAUGGAGCCAAAUCAGAAUACCCCAGUUCGAGCCAAAACAUGAUGUUAGAAGGAGCUUUAUACAGUAGUAAAAAAUAUAACUCCAACUUCAUACUAAUUUGAUUAUUAAAUUAGAGUGGAACUGCCGGGUAUCACCUAUUUAAAUCUUUUUUAUUAAAGCUCCUCUGGUGUCACAGAGAGGCAUCAUCUGGGUGGCAACUGGCCAAAAAAUAUAUGGAGGUGUUGAGUGAUGUGUUUGGACAUUCUGUUUCCAAAUUCAGUGCAGGGAGAUCGGAUGCCUGAUGAAAAAGUGUUAUUAACAUCAUCCGUAUAACACUCAUUCUUCACUGAUUAGAAUGAAACACCCGUCAAUGUGCUUGCUAGCUGAGAAAAAAAGGCUUGAGUCAUUUUGUUCAAUCAGUACAGCUCUUUCCGAGCCUGACAAUAAAACUCAAAUGUGUGUUGUUCUUUUUGGAUCUUUGUUCGUUUUAGAGAUGAAACAUGAUUUAAAGUUUAUAACAAAGUUGGUAAAUGCUUUAAUAUUGCUUUAAUAUUGUUAAAGAUGUUUUUUUUAUUGUAAACUGUCACUUUCUUGAGGAGUUUGACUUUGUUUUUGGAUAAUAUGUCCCUUUUAUGUAUGCAGAUUAUUUUCACGCACCUUGAUUGUAUCUUAAAAAGAUCAUGGAAUAUCAAAAUUUCUACUUGACUCUCCUAGU